UUUAUUCGUUAGCAGGAGUUUGUUUAUAUCUCCGGAAUGUUGUUUUAUUAUAACCGGUGUCUAAUUGUAUUGGAAUCUAUAAUUUAAUAUAUAACAUAAGUAAAGUGGUUUGUAAUUUUUUGAAGAAUGGAACGGAAUGUGCUGCGAAGCAGUCUACUUAGUGCCGCUUUUAGCAUUAUUUUCCAGAUUUUAUGCCGCCUUCUUACAUUUGCCAUAAAUGCUUUCAUUGUACGAAAUGUUGGGGGUGAAACGCUGGGCAUUAUGAAUGUGCGUCUUCUUCUUUUGGAAAGCACUUUGCUGUUUUUGUCCAGGGAAGCUUUUAACAGAGCGGGAUUAAGUGCCACUACACAGCAACGCAACAAAUGUACAUGGGCACAGCUAAUUAAUCAAAUGUGGCUUACAGCCCCUACUUGUGUGAUCAUUUGCAUUCCAUGCGUAUACAUAUGGUUACAUCUGCUUUCACCCGUUGAUGAAAAGUUUCAUGCUCAAUAUCAAUUCGCUUGCUACGCAAUGGCUUUAUCAUGUGUUAUUGAGCUCUGUGCCGAGGCACCCAGCUUUGUAACCCAGGUGUUUUGCUUCGUGCGACUACGAAUUGUUUUAAACACCUUACAUAUAUUAGUACGUUCAGCUGUAUUCCUGUGGAUUGUAAUAAAUGACAAGAGUGUUGCUAUUAAUGCGUUUGCUAUAGCACAACUUAUGAGCGCUGCCACCAUAAUACUUGGAAAUUAUGGUUUCUUCUAUUUUUACAUUUGGAGAAUUAACCAAAAUAAAGAAAAGGAAGUGAAGUCUAAUGGGAAUCCCAAUAUGAUUGAUAGUAUGAACGACUUUCCAUUCAAGAAAAUUUCUGAUUUUCUUCCAGGUGUUUUGAAAAAUGAGGGACAUUUCCUUAAUUCAGAAUUGCAAGUACUUACCUUAAGCUUCGUUAAGCAAGGCGUACUAAAACAAAUCCUGACGGAAGGAGAGAAGUAUGUUAUGUCUGUAAGUCCAGUACUGAGCUUCAGUGAACAAGCGACGUACGAUGUAGUAAAUAACUUGGGCAGUUUGGCGGCACGAUUUAUUUUCCGGCCUAUAGAGGACAGUAGUUAUUUUUUCUUUACUCAAACGAUUGCUCGUGAUAUUGAAUUGCAUAAACAAAGUCGAGAUGAAGUUACACAAGCGGCAAAAGUCCUACAAAACUUAUCUCUAGCGGUAACGUCGAUUGGACUAUUGGCAUUAACUUUUGGACAAAGUUACUCUCAUACCUUACUUUUAUUAUAUGGUGGAGCCGACUUUGUUAGUGGUGGAUUACCAGAACGGCUUUUACAGUGGCACUGCCUAGCUAUUUAUUUUUUGGCUAUUAACGGUAUUACAGAGGGUUAUAUGUUUGCAACCAAUACUAGUAAAGACAUCGACAAAUAUAAUUACUUGAUGGCCAUAUUUUCCAUUAGUUUCCUGAUCCUCUCCUACAUUUUAACAAGUUUUUUGGGACCGGUUGGAUUCAUAUUCGCUAAUUGCAUAAAUAUGUUCUGCAGAAUCUGCUACAGUACCCGGUUUAUAUAUCGUCAGUACCAACCAACAGGUCUGAAGCCGCUUCAUGGUUUGCUGCCCGGUAAAUGGUUUUUUACUACGCUUAUAAUAACUGGCAUAACUUGUAAAUAUUCAGCGUAUUACUGUACGUCACUCAUGUUGCAUCUAUUUUAUGGAUUUUCGAGUGUAGUUUGUUGUCUGGUAGUUUGGUCUAUAGAAAACAGCGAACUGGUCAAGAUGAGUUGGCAAUAUGGACGGCACAUUAAAACUGAUUAAAUUGAAGAUCCUAAAAUUGUUUUCAUAUUUACAUAUAAGUACAUAUGCUUUGAUAUUUUGUUACAAACUUCGUAUGAAUAUAUUUAUGUACAUAUAAAAAAAGGACCUAAUUGAUCACCAAUCUAGCUAAAAUAAAACAUUGCCGAUUGUUCAAACGAGCUUGGCAUAUAUAUUUAA